AUGCGUCGGGUAGUCGUGACUGGCCUCGGCGCCAUCACGCCCCUAGGAGUCGGCGUCAGGCGGACUUGGACCCGUCUCUUGGCCGGCGAGUCCGGCAUCGUCAGCGUUGCAGACUUGGAGCCUCGGGCGCGGUGGACGGAACUUACGAGUACGGUGGCUGGGAUAGUUCCCAGUGGAGAUGGAGAAGGUAAAUGGAGGGCCUCAGACUGGCUCAGCAUGACAGAGCAGCGCCGCAUGUCCAAGUUUACGCAGUAUGCCAUUGCUGCCAGCGACAUGGCUCUCAAGGACGCUGGGUGGGAGCCAAAGGACGAGCGCGAGCUGGAAGAGACAGGUGUGUGUCUCGGGAGCGGUAUUGGAAAUCUCGAUGAAAUCUACGAGACGAGUUUGGUGCACGAUCAAGGUGGAUAUAAAAAGGUGUCACCACUCUUCGUCCCAAAGAUUCUGAUCAAUAUGGCUGCCGGCCACAUCGCUAUGAAGUACGGAUUCCAGGGUCCAAACCACGCUGCUACGACAGCCUGUACAACCGGCGCUCACUCAAUUGGAGAUGCUUCACGGUUCAUCGCUAUAGGAGACGCCGACGUCAUGGUCGCAGGAGGUUCAGAGUCAUGCAUCCACCCUUUAACUUUUGCCGGCUUCGGAAGGGCCAGGUCUUUAUCCACAGCCUAUAACGAUAAUCCGCAGGCAAGUUGCCGACCGUUUGACGCUGACCGAAACGGGUUCGUCGUCGCUGAAGGUGCUGCUGUGUGUGUGCUCGAGGAGCUAGAGCAUGCCAAAGCGCGGGGGGCUCGCAUCUACGCCGAGAUCAAGGGCUACGGGUGCAGCGGCGAUGCGUACCACAUGACGGCACCUCGAGAAGAUGGUCGUGGUGCCCUUCUCGCCAUGACAAAAGCACUGAAGAAUGCGGGCAUCAAGCCUUCGCAGGUCGACUAUGUCAACGCUCAUGCCACGGCUACCCAAGUUGGCGAUAUAGCUGAGACUUCAGCCAUCCGAAGUCUCAUGAUGGGCGACGAGGGCCACGCUCGUGAGUCGGAUAUUACUGUGAGUAGCACCAAGGGAGCAGUUGGGCAUCUGCUUGGCGCUGCUGGAGCUAUUGAGGCCCUUUUCUCCAUCCUAGCCAUUCAUGAGGGAAUUGUGCCUGCGACGCUGAACCUGGAGAAGCCUGACGUUGGAGCCGCCUUCAACUUUGUAUCCAAGGAAGCUCAAGAAAAGGAUAUUGGAGUGGCCAUCUCCAAUAGCUUUGGAUUUGGUGGAACAAACAGCUCAUUAGUGUUUUCCAAAUUCCAAUAG